GUCGCCAAGACAAGAUGCAGCUUCACGGUGGUCUGAUGUUCCCGAUCCUAUUUAUCGUCGCUUCCUGUCCUUUGACGUUGCGCGCGCGAAAAGUCGCACCUUUGAUCGAGGACGACUGGGCGAGGAGACCGCAUCGGGCCGCAGAAUGUACUUUCGGCAAGCAGAUACGCGAAUUGGGCUCGACAUGGUUCGCGGACUUGGGACCGCCCUUCGGAGUCAUGUAUUGCAUCAAAUGCGAGUGCAUACCGGUGCAAAAGAAACGGCGGAUCAUCGCGAGAGUUCAAUGCCGCAACAUCAAGAACGAUUGUCCCAAACUCACGUGUGACGAGCCAGUUCUACUUCCGGGACGAUGCUGCAAAUCCUGUCCCGGUGACUACAACGCAGACAUAGCGCAGGAUCUGCCAGCGCAAUUGACUUCGGAGGAAGAGGAGCGAAGCCUGAAACAUUUCGGCACCCUGUUAACGGGCAGAACGUCGCAGUCUCUGCGUCGCGAUGAACCGAAUCCGACGUCAGUUUACAACAGCGCGUACAACUAUCUGGCGACUGGUCGCUUCACGUUUCAUCGCAAGAAUAUCUACUACGCGUUCUAUCUGUCCGCGUCGACGCCCCGACCGCGCAGCAUACAGUUCGUCGAUGGGUCCGGCAAUAUUCUCGAGGAGCAGAUGAUCGAUCCGAUCGGUGGUGCUUAUCAGAACACCACCGGCAAGCUCUGUGGGGUGUGGAGACGCGUGCCACGCGACUAUCGCAAGCUGCUACGCGAGGAACGGCUACACGUGUCCUUCCUCUGGGAGCCUUCGUCGAGUCUGACCGGGCAGUUGUCGCGUUACCGCGCGUUGUCGACCGAGCAGUUCUCCGCGCUCUUGGAAUCGGCGAUGGGCGUCGACCGGUCGUUAAUGUCCGGCGCGGGUGCAACGGCGAUUGUAUCCGCGUCGUCCGCCUCAGCGCCCUCGAUCCACGUGUCCCUCGUCUUCAACGGUCUCUUCCUGCCGAACGACGUGGCCGAUGUUCCGUUGAUCGUUCAGCUGGAGCAUCACGAGAAGGAUCACGUGGUCCUUCGCGAAGAGAUAAUGGUGAGAAAGCCGUCGAACGAGCUGAAUUACGGCGAGGUCCGCAGCGCCCUUUCCGGGACCGAUCUACGUCUUUUGACUCGGGGCAAAUUGUUGAUCAGUAUAAUGUCUCGCAAAGACCCGCAGGCCCUUCGACUGAUCGGCAUGAUAGGCUCGCGCGCAACCUGCGACAUGUAUCAAACGUUACUGCUGUCGGAAACACCAUCCGUGGCAUCCGGAUUGGCUUGGGCCUUUCUGGAUCGUGUCGGCGCGCUACGCUACGGAGUACAGUUGAUAGGACUCGAGGAAGAGAGUCCCCUGGUGACGUUAGUGGACGAGGGUGGGAAACGGAGGAUGGAACUCGAGGAUCUGACACCUUCGUUGAUCGGUGGCUCCAUCGCGAACGGUUCCUUGGAUCGGCCUGGACCCAGACUGUUGCAACCGCUCUUCAACGAGGAACUCUCCGUGGUCGCUGCCAGCCAUGUCGGUUCCAUGUUACGCGGUAGACUCUUAGAGAGACCCGUGGCGGACGCCAGAGACACGACCGCGCCUGUGCUACUGCGAAGAUUGACCAAGGAGCCAACGCAUCCUGGACCGGUCGGUUUGAUAUGGACUGCGGUGGAUUUAGAUUGUUCUCUACACUACGAACUGGAGCUAGCCGGUUUCCCAUCCUCCUCCCAAGAACUGCGAACGUUUCGUUUAUAUUUAGAAACGAUGCCCAUGUUAGCGCAGGGAGCUCCUGUCGCUAGAAGACUUCUCGAAGAAUUCACGGGAUACUCUUUGGAAGGUUCGGUCACCGGACUGUCAUCGUUGGAGCUCUAUAGGAUCGAGUCGGGCAUCGGUUUCCUCGAAGUCACAGACAAGCAGGUCACCCACAUCCUGAAAGCCCCUUUCAAGGCGAGGGCACCGUUCAGCUGCCUGCCACACUACGCCGACAACGACGUUGCCUCUGUGGUGGCGUACAACCUGCAGCCACCUAGGUCGGAUAUCGAGACCGGUGCGUGCUUCCACGAGACCAGAUUCUACGAAGAAGGCACGCAAUGGACCUCGAACUCGGAUCCCUGCUCGAUGUGUCAUUGCUAUCGCGGCUUGGCGCAAUGCGACGUGGUACCUUGUCCGACAAUCUCUUGCGGGAUGUUGGGAAAGCAGUUCAAGCAACCGCCGACUGGUCAUUGCUGCCCGAUAUGCGCAGAUCCAAUAACUGCCGAAACUAACGCCACGAUCAAGAACAAUGCUACGAGGGGUUGUACUUUGGCCGGACAAUAUCAUCUCGCGGGAUCAUCUUGGCAUCCGUAUCUACCACCAGCGGGAUUCGACACUUGUGCAGUCUGUACAUGUGACGCUGUCACGCUGGAGGUAAAAUGCCCGUUGGUACAAUGUCCGCCGCUCGAGUGCGACGAGAAGAUCGCCAUCAGGCCGGACAAGAAAGCUUGCUGCAGACAGUGCCCGCCAUCAACGAUCCUUAAUAUAACCACCACCGCGUCAAGCGACACCGUACGCCUACCUAGGGAUCAAGCUUUACCUUCGACGCGGCGCACCGCGGAAGAGAUACUCUCUUCCGGUGGCUGCAAGUACCCCUUCGGUGGACCUUACGAGAAUGGCAUGGAGUGGCAUCCCCGGUUGCACUCGCACGGCGAGGUGAAAUGCGUCAAGUGCCGCUGCAAGAACAGCGAGGUCAGGUGCGACAGGAAGCGCUGUCCACGGUCACUCUGUAACUCGAUCGUGCAUCAGAUGAAGCGCGGCGAGCACGUGGCGGACGUCGACGACUGCUGCACGGCGCAGUGCGAGCAUCGCGCGAGGCGUCAUCAUCGCAACAACCAUCAUCCGGCGCGGCGGCACUCCAUGACGCCACGCGAGCUGAGCUGAGCCUGGUAGAGGAGUCUGGAGAAGAGUCUGCCCCGGUCCUACACGAGGAAGCUCCGCCGCGUCCACUCAUGAUAGUCAUCGUCGAAUGAUGACGAAAUCAGUCGCGGCCGACCAUUAUCCCGUCACGCGAUUGCUCUCUUCGUGUAUCGUACGACCCGAGGGGCUCUCGAGACGGAAACCACAUCGAAACCGAACGGUUCUGUACACGCCCGCACGUUCAAAUCGCGAGAGCUGGAUUUACGGAAGAUUAGGGAAGAAAGAGGGAACAGAGUAGAGAAGAAUAUUAAGAAAUUGCAAAGACGAGGGAGAGAUCGACUAUACGUUUCAUUCGUGUUUCGAUCGACAACGAGCGAGAAACACUUUUACAAAUUACUUAGUCAUUUUAAUUUCUAGCAGUGGUAUUCGAGGUGACAGGAGUAAUUAUUUAAAUGAUGACGAAUGCUCGUCGCUCAAAGUUUAUCGUUGUUAUCGGUGACGCGUGCAGGAAGUCGCGAGAGAUAAUCUAGUGCAAUAAGAGGAAGGACGUGGGAUUGGACAACACGGAUCGGAUAUUGCUAUUCUUGUCCUCGACGAGACCGCUCGGUCGUUCGCUCCGGAGCCUCCAGCGCCCGCAGCCAGACGCUUAUUAAUCAAUUGAUCCCCAUCAACGGAUUGAAAGGAAAGAAAAAAAAAAAAAAAACAGGAAAGAGAAGAACGUAAACUAAGCGCCCUUCUCCUCGCCAAGAGCGACAACCGGUGGGGUGAAGGGGUAAAGGGAGAAGGGUGGGAAAGAGGUGGUGAAAACUCGGAAAGGAACGAGUUUUUAGUCGCGGCGGUACUACAGUGUCCUGCUGUAUCCACUAACCUCUGCGAGUUACCCAGCAACCAAAGAAGACUGAAAAACCUCCGACAGCGGCAUCAGUUAUAUUAUACGAUUACUAAUACUAAUUAUUUCAACUUAUAUAUUACUAUUUUAUUACUAUUAUUAUUACUGUCAUUUCUAUUAUCGAUAGUAUUACUACUACUAUCCGCUUACAAUUAUCGUCUUGUAAUUGGUAUCGCUGCGCAUCUGCGUCACUUUUAUUGCUCCUUAUCUCGCGAUUGCUGUGUGGUAAAUCUAAAUU